AUGUCUCAAGACCAGCCUCAGUUGGACAACUCCGACUACACGGUUGGGUGGAUCACGGCGUUACACUUUGAAAGGACAGCCGCUGAAUCGAUGCUCGACGAGCAGCAUGCUCCUCCUAAGCAGAAGCACGAGAACGAUCACAAUAACUACGCACUGGGCUCCAUCAUUGGCCCAAAUGGUAAUAAGCAUAAUGUAGUCAUCGCAACUCUUCCAUCUGAACGCUAUGGAACAACACCUGCUACAGCUACUGCGAUCCAGUUACUCUCCAGCUUUCCAGCUAUCAAAUUUGGACUGAUGGUUGGUACUGGCGGCGGUAUACCAUCUGAGGAGACUGAUAUCCGGCUGGGUGAUGUGGUGGUUGGUAACGACAAUAAUUGUGGAGGUGUUAGACAAUAUGAUUUUGAAAAAGUCACGACAAACGGGGUUGAGAAGCUUGGUGCACUAAACGCGCCACCUCGAGUCCUGCUUAGCGCCUUGAGCACACUUCGAAGCAAACAUGAAAAAUUGGGAAGUGAUGUACCUGCUAUUUUGGAGGACAUGCGUAAAAAUUACCCAGUGAUGGUUAAACCGCGACAAGGAACCGGCUACGUUUACCAAGGAGCUGAACAUGAUCGCCUAUUUGAGCCGGGUUAUAUACAUACUGUUGGCAGCAGAGAUUGUAGCCAAUGUGACCGUAAGAAAGAAGUGAGACGUGAAGAACGAGCCGACCUGGAUCCUUAUUUUUACUACGGUACCAUUGCUUCUGGUAACAAGGUCAUAAAAGAUGCCAAAGUCCGCGAUAUGUUCCCAGAUUGUCUCUGUUUCGAAACUGAAGCAGCAGGGCUGAUGAACGAUUUCCCGUGUCUCGUCAUCCGUGGCAUCAGCGACUAUUGUGACAGUCAUAAAAAUGACAAAUGGAAAAGGUAUGCUGCUGCAACAGCGGCUGCGUAUGCUAAGGAGCUUCUUCAGGUUAUCGACGUGACGGAGAUCAGGAGCACGCCUGAGGCGCGCACAUUAAUACCUCAGCUUCAGGGAAUAGAGGGAUCUGUAAAUAGAAUCGAAACGCGCCUAGAGGAACAGCAUGUACAGAAAAAGUGGCUUAAAAUCUUCGAAUGGCUGACUUCACUUAACCCAUCAGCACGACACGCGGAUGUCAAAAAGCCCAGGGUUGAAGGAACAGGCUUAUGGCUGCUUAAGGAUCCAGGUUAUGUCGAUUGGUCCUCAGGAUCUCCUACUUUCCAAACAAUGUGUUGUUAUGGAGACCCAGGUUCCGGAAAAACAGUUAUUUCGUCUCUUGUGAUUGAUAGAUUGACCGAACAUACUGCCACACAGGACAAAGUCGGCCUAGCAUACGUAUACUGUGACUAUCGAGACCAGGCCAAGCAGACGACAGAGAACCUCUUUAGCUCAAUCACCGAACAACUCUUAAGCUCUUUAUCUGAAAAGACUGGAAUUCCAAAAUCUAUCGAAGAUCGAUGCGAAGCCUUGAAGAAGCAAGGAAACCCCCUUGGCUUAGAGAAUGCAAAAGACCUUCUCCUUACAACUUGCGCUGAGUUUGAUCGAGUUUAUAUUUGCAUAGAUGCCCUUGAUGAAUUGGAACCACACAACCUGCGGCUGCUUUUAAGAUCGAUGUGUCACGGGCUGUCUGUUCAGCUUUUCGUCACCGGCCGUCCAUUUAUCCAGGAAACAGUUCUAGAGUACUUGAAAGACGAGCAUAGCGUUACCAUCAAAGCUCAUGAAAACGAUAUUCGGUGUUAUAUCGAAACAGAACUUGGCGGCCCUAGAGAUUCUGCAUCUAAAGCCAUGAACGAACAGCUCAAAAAAAACAUUAUUGCCAAAGUCAUUAACUCAGCUAGAGGAAUGCAAGAGAUAAAUGAACGCGAUCGCCGAGAAUGCCUAACAAGGCUGCCAUCCAACCUUGACGAAGCAUUUGUGAAAACAAUGACUCGAAUUCAGCAGCAACCAAAAGCCAUGUUUGAGCUAGCAAAAAAGACUAUUGCAUGGAUUCAUUUAGCGGGGCGUUCAUUUACUGUGGAUGCACUUUUAUGCUCCCUUGCCGUUAGAGAUGAUGAUAAAUCUUUUGACCCGACAGGAAAGCCUGAGCAAGAAGUCUUGCUGCGGUGUUGUCAUGGUUUGAUAGUGGUUGACCAGGAGACAUCUACCAUUCGUAUGGUACAUUACUCUUUUCAAGAGUAUCUCUCUAGGCAGAAGGAAAUUUUCGGUAUUGAUAAACGGCAAUGGCACAGUAACAUUGCGGGUACUUGUCUAACAUACUUGAGUAUCUCGCCUAAGGAAGAUGAAGAAAAGUCGAGGAAAUACCUUGUCAAUUGGUGGGCAAAGGAGCAGGAGAGUUUUAAAAGGACAAUAUUUUACUAUGCUGCUACAGAGUGGGCUCGCCACCUUCGAGCAAGUGAUGAGCUACCAGGUGCGGUUUUCGAUCUAGCUACAGCAUAUUUCAAUACUUAUGGGCUGGGCAACUUUGAGAGUUAUCGCUUGUUGUUUCACUUAAAUUUGCGCGAAGUUUUAGAGAACCCUCCCUUGACCAAUCUUUCUGGUCACAUACUAGCUUGCCUUGGCUUUGAGAAGAUCAUCUUACACCUGAUCCAGAUGGGCUUGAAUCCAAAUUCUAAGGAUAAUCACGGCAAAACACCGCUUUUCUGGGCUGCUCGAAAUGGGCAUGAGACAACAACAAAAACCUUACUCGAAAAUGGAGUGGAUAUCAAUUCUAAGGAUAAUUAUGAACAAACACCAAUUUUCUGGGCUGCUCAAUAUGGGCAUAAGAUAACAACAAAAGUCUUAAUUGAAAAUGGAGCAGAUAUCAAUUCCAAGGAUAAUGAUGGCCGAACACCAAUUUUCUGGGCUGCUCAAAAUGGGCAUGAGACAAUAACAAAAACCUUACUUGAAAACGGAGCAGUUAUCAAUUCCCAAGAUGACAGUGGCAGAACACCACUAUCCUGGGCUGCUCAAAAUGGGCAUGAGACAACAACAAAAGUCUUAAUUGAAAAUGGAGUAGAUAUCAAUUCCAAGGAUAAUGAUGGCCGAACACCAAUUUCCCGGGCUGUUAUAUAUGGGCAAGAAACAACAACAAAGGAUAAUGAUGGUCAAACACCGAUUUUCUGGGCUGUCAUAUUUGGGCGCGAAGCAAUAACAAAAGAUAAUGAUGGCCGAACACCAAUUUUCUGGGCUGCUCAAAAUGGGCAUGAGACAAUAACAAAAACCUUACUUGAAAACGGAGCAGUUAUCAAUUCCCAAGAUGACAGUGGCAGAACACCACUAUCCGGGGCUGUGCAGAGCCAUCCAAACAUUUAUAUUCGAUUUCCUUUGUCCAGAAUGAGAGUGGUGGAAUUAUUGAUAAAAAACGGUGCGAAAGUGGAUUCAAUGGAUGAAAAUGGCAGAACACCCUUGUCCUGGUGUGAAGACGAGGAAAUAGCGGAAUUAUUGAUCCAAAAUGGCGCUGCAGUGGAUUCGGUGGAUGAAAGUGGCCGAACACCAUUAUCUUGGGUUGAAAAUGAGGAGGUAGCAAAGCUAUUGAUUGAAAAAGGUGCGGCUGUGGAGUCAGUGGAUAGAAAUGGCCGAACACCACUUUCGUGGGCGUUAUUAAAUAAGCGUAUAUCUAUCGUUAGGCUGCUUCAGAAGAUGGGAGCAGGUGUGAAAAGAGGAAAUAAAAGGGCCAAACGAUAUCAUUCUGAGCCAUAG